CCAAACAGAACCAACCCAGUCGGUCCAAGUCAGUCAGCCACGGCCGCCGAUUUUCUGCUCGCUUCACCAUCUCCGAUCAGCCUUCUUCUCUCUCUUUCCCUUCGAUCGCUCGCUCAUCGCCUUGUCAGCAUCAUCACCAUUAUCAUCACCCUCGACUGGCCCUAUAUCUAGCGACCUUCCUCCCCCGCGAGUUGUCCCCUCCCCCCCCACACCACUCCGACUCUCCCCGAACCCAACCCACCCACCGCUCCUCCGGUUCCCAACAGAAUCAGGAACGCGCUAAAGACCUUGCCAGCUUCUCGAGGUCUUACAUCACCACCCCCUCUCUCGCUCCCCUGUAUGGACUGCGGGAGUACUGGUACGGCUGCGGGCAUUGACCCCAAAAUUCUCGAUAAUUGGCAAUCAGAUCCGUUCCCCAUAUCUUCGUGGGAACACCAUACGGGCUACGAACAACCGCUAGAGUGGGAUGCGAGCCAGGACUCGAGCCAGGGCGAUGCGGCGGAUAUCGUGGAUCUGAAUACCCUCAACGGGCCUCUGUCGCGGGACCCCUCCGCCGUCCCUGUGGUCGGACAACCGGGCGACUAUCGAGGUAGUGACAGCAGCAAACAAGCCGCCACUUCGCCCGGAAAGUUCAGCAUCAACGAUGGCCCCAUCGAAGGCACCGUGAGUGGCACCAUCAGCCCGAGGACCUUGCCUUCUUCCGCCGACGAUAACUUCCACCUGGAUGAGUCAUGGCCGCCCUUUCAACUGUUCAACGCCAUGACGGCGGGCCUUCCUAUGGAUGCUCCCCUCCUUUACCCUUACGCCAAGGAGCCGGCCGCCACCAACACUGUGAUCGUUGAGGAUGCUGGAGACCUGUCGCAGGGUCCGGGUCUGCCCGAUGUUCCCUCGGACCAGUUCCUCUCCUUCCAGAAUCUUCCUCAGGCCUUUCCAUUCUCGCCCGCGGAAUCCUGGACGGCACCGGCUGCCAGCGCGACCGCCGAACACCUGUCGAAUCCCACCCCCGUAUCGCUUUCCAUGGGCCCACAAUCGACGGGCAAACGUGUCGGCCAUAUCCGAGACUACCAGGGGUCGAUUCGGUCCCUGGAUUCUCGCUGGCUCGAGGGCCUGGAGUCUCAACUACCCUCUAAUAUGACCUCUCCCGGGUCCUUGUCUAUUCCCCCAGAUGCAGCGUUCUUCAAAGAGGAGAGACAAAACCUAGACGGCUCGCAGUACAAAUCCGAGAGUUCGUCCGUUUCUGGGGACUUCCCCGGGGUCUACGACUCGUACCCCGCGACCACCGACGAGAUUCCCGCAUUUGCCGAACGCCAACUCGAAGACGAUGGACUGUGGAGGAAUACCCAGAAAGACAGCUCUCCUUCCGAAACGUCGCAGCCCCUCCAGAAUGCCACCGCCUUCAUGGUCAGCGAGGAUCCGUCAGAAGCUUACUUUGUUCCGGUCUCUACGCGGCCCAGAGCCUCAUCAUCCGCGCAGAGGGCACCGGCUCGACCACAGGCCCUUGCGCUGCAGUCCGUGGCUACGGUCAGGAAGCGCAAACAGCGCAAUUCCAGUGUCCAUCUGGACCAGAACCUGCCCAAGCCUCUGCAGAUUGUGCAGGAGGACGGCCAAGGAGGAUCUAUCGCUUCUGCUGAUUUCAUCUCUCCACCCCGUGGAGCACGCCGCAAGGGGCCCUUGACCAUGGUCGGUAGGGCGAACGCCGGAUUACGAAGGAAGAACAAGGACACCUGUGUUCAGUGUCGUUUGAACAAGAGAAAGUGUGAUGGCAACGCCCCGUGCGAUGCUUGCCGUCCGACACUCCAUGAACAGCCUUGCGCACGCGCCUGCUUUGCGAACAUUGUCGAAUACGGGACGUGCAAUUAUGUUUCUCAACGAGCCAUCAACCAUCCUACCCUCGAUGGAUCCAGGCGUGUCCGGAUGGACAUUCCUUUCGAGUUUGAACUCAAUGAUCUGAUCUCGUUCCUCGGUGAGCGGCAAGGACGAUUCAACAUCCGUGCCAAGCAGUCCUGGGGGUCGCUCUAUGUCUUGGACCUUGGGGAAACCUACAAGUUCCUGCGGGGCCUGAGCGAGUACAAUGGCAACUCCAAGUCCAACUUCCUCGAGUUCAUUGACCGGCGCAUCGUCGAGUCGAAGGACAAGUCGAAGAACUGGCUUACCUGCGUGAAAGACUGCGAUCCGAUGAACAACGUCUAUUCUCUGCUUUCGCGAUGGAACAACAUGCCUAGCCGUGCAAGCUACAGCUUUGUGCCUCUACAGUCCGGAGGCCAGGAAAAGCCUAUGGACAUCAACAACCCCGAGGACCGACGCGAGAUUCUCCUGGCGGCACAGUUAUCCCGUAUCAUCUGCCGUAUGCUCGAGGUGGAAGGAUUCCGCAAGCUGGAACGCGACUUCUACAACAUCAAGUGGAAGCAGAUCUCUCAGGACGCUCACCUGCGUUUCCUGAACGAGCUUGGCAAUAUCCUGCUGACCCUUCGCUGGCGGGUUUCCUGGUGGCGGCGUCUGGGCGACGGCGGGCGCGAACCCGACCCCAGCAAGCAGCACUACGUUGAUCGAGUCGACCUCCUCUGCCGGAUCCUUUACGUUUACUACACCUGCGUCCUGGCGAAACUGCCUUCGUGGUGCGCGGCGGAUGUCCCGAAAGGCAUCUGGUCGACGUAUGCCGAUGCGGAGAAUCCCGUGUGGGACGACUUCCCCGUCGACCCGACCGACGAUGGAUUCCGGCAAUGGAUCGAUCGCGGCCAGGAGCUGGUCGAGCAAUCCGGUGCACCGACGUGUGUGGCGAAGAUCUGAACGAAAAGCGAAAACACCAAAAGACGGCGGAUUGAAUGAUACUGAGUUUGAGAUACCCUUUGAAGCGACUUUGUCCUAUCUUGCGUUUAUGAGUGAUGAUCGUGUUUCUUUUCUUGGAUAUAUAGAUUUGUAUAUGGUUUUCUCGUACAUAGUGAUUUCGGUUGAGCAUCCCUACUUAGUUAACAUAGAGGGUAUCGUAUGUUCAUUAAUCAUAUCACUGUAUAUACCUGAGCGAGAUGAGAAUAGUCAAAAUCAACCUAACCGAACCCAACCCCGAACCCCAAUUAACGACAACAUCAAACCCCUAUUUUGCUGCCUUGGCCUUAUUACUCGCCGCCUUCUU